AUGCCUGUUCACCAUCCUCAAGGCCCUGGUAGCGCUAGCGAUGCCUUGGGCCAGCCGUUAGAUUUUGUUUUUGCUGGGAAAAGCGCCAGGAACAGAUUCGUCAAAGCCGCAAUGGCCGAGACGCUCGCAAGCUGGGAUGAACAUGAUCGGCGCGCAUCAGGCAUACCUGGCCAAGACCUAAUCAAUCUUUAUAGACGCUGGGGCGAGGGCGGUUGGGGCACUAUUUUGACUGGUAACAUCCAAACACAAUAUCUGAUGCCUGGUAGCCGCGGCGACAUGAUAAUUGACCCGGAAUCUCCAAUGGAGGGAGAGAGAUUCGAUGGCUUUAAACAUGUCGCCGAAGCUGCAAAGGCCAAUGGAAGUUUGAUUAUCGGGCAGAUUUCUCAUGUCGGCCGAAAGGUCACCCCUGACCUGGUCAAGGAAGCUAUUUCAGCCUCUGCAAUUCCAAUAAAAAGUAAUAAUGAUGGCGCAAAGAAAACAUUUUCUCCCGUCCGGUCUGCCUCGGACGAGGACAUUGCCCUUAUUACCACGGGCUUCGCCCAUGCCGCCGAGUAUCUUGAUAAAGCUGGCUUUGACGGUGUAGAACUGCAUGCUGCUCAUGGAUAUCUGCUUGCGCAGUUCCUGUCGCCAACCACAAAUAAGCGGAAUGAUGCUUAUGGCGGUCCUUCUUUAUCGAAUCGGAUGCGUUUAUUGGUAGAGGUUGUUCGGGAGAUACAGCGCCGUACAUCGCCGGGGUUUAUUAUUGGCGUGAAGCUGAACAGUGUCGAAUUCCAAGACGGCGGUUUCACGCUUGCCGAUGCGCGCGAGCUAUGUAUUGUGCUGCAGCAGGAUCUCAAACUUGAUUUUUUGGAGCUCAGUGGAGGCAGCGCAGAGGGUCUCGCUACUCCAGCACAGAAAGAGACCACGCGUGAACGAGAAGCGUUCUUCCUUGAAUUCGCCGAGGCGAUCGUACCAGCCAUGAAUGAUGUGUCAUUGAUUGGGCAGAGGAAGAAGACUAAGAUCGUUCUUACUGGGGGCUUGCGUUCAGCCAAUGGAAUAAACAGGGCGAUAGAGGUUGUUGACGCUGUGGGCAUAGGUCGUCCGGCUACACAGAAACCGUCAGCACCGACUGAGAUGCUGUAUAAGAACGUGGAUAUACUGCCGGUGGCAGUUCCUCCGUUUGAUAAUAAUGUUAGUUUGGGAGUUCUCGCUUCUCAGGCACAAAUGAAGGACAUUUGCAGGGGUAUUGAGCCCUUUGACCUGACCAACAGUGAAACAGCAGCCCGGUUCCUUACCGAGAUACAAUUGAAGAGCACGUAG